UUCAAAACCAAAAAUUUAUGUUUAGAAAACUGCUAUUCUCCUAUUCUAUGAUUUCGCUGUGAAAUUUAAUAAUUAAGGUUAAAUGGGUAGGCCACCAUGAAGAGGUGGCCAGUCUGACCUAUUGUGAAAACUUAAUGCAAAUUUAUGAGCAGUCAGCAAGAUGCCAGUCUCAUGUAAUACACACCUGGUACAAGGUGAUACAUACCUGGUACCUUUUCGAUUCUUUCGGAUCCCUUAAAGUAGAUUUAGGUAGAUUAGAACCUGCAAUUUUUUGAUAUAUACUGUUUUGUGUAUUUUGGAGAUUAAAUUUGGCUGCGUAUAAUUCCUCAAUUAAAUCCGACCGGCAGCUGUUCCCAAAGUCAAGUAAAAAAUAGUCUCACCAAUUUUCUUGGAAAGAGGAUAAUACGAUUGGAGAUAGAUACAGGUAAUAUUUGUACAACCUGGUUUUAUGGCACUGUCCUUUUUAGAACUAUCCGUUUAUUACCUGUUAUCAUAUAUAAAAUGCUGAAAGGUGGUACAUCCCACAGCAGUGUUCCAAGUGAUAUCAAACAGUUGAGAACUAACGAAACAUGAGAUUGGUAUUGUAUAUCCUGGCCACAAUUUUAAUCCAACUAUGCCAUGGUGGCAUGAUUUUACAUAAUAUUCGUGAUUCAUUACACUCCAAGUUAUAUGGUCAUGGUUUACAUGGAGACAACCAAAAUUCACCAGUUAUAAAUAUUAACAAUUAUCAGGAAGUUUCUCAGCAAACAGCCACUACUAACCAGCACAGCCGAGGUGAUUAUGGACCGCUGCCCGGUUAUGACCAACAGAUGCAUAGCUCAGACAUGAGCAAUGGUUUUAUAAACUCAAAUGUAAAGGCAGGAGUCUUUAAAUACGGCCAGCCUGGUAUAAUGGGUGGAUAUGACGGUCAUAGCUCAAUGAAGCAAGAAAGCUAUCAUCACCGUCAGGGUCCAAAAUUCGGGCUCCACCACGACACAAAUAUGUUUGGCAAUACCAAAAUUGGUUCAGCAUCGUCUGCUGCGUCAUCAUCUGCCGCAUCAUUAUUUGGCUCGGCAGCAUCUUCUACAGCUACUUCGUCAUCCUCGAGUUCCGCAUCUGCUUCCUCAUCGUCUUCAUCUUCCAGUAGCAGUACAGGAGUUGCUGGUGGUACAAGUUAUUACAAUACCAGGGUUAAACCUUGGCGUUAUUAGAAGCGUAUUUGUUAAUCAAACGAUCGAAUGUUCACAAUUUGAAAUAAAAUAACAGAGGAGUAA